CCUGCUUAAUAAAAGAAUAACAGCUGUUAUAACCUGUUCUCCAACUCGGAUUGUGGCGAAGGAGAUACGAUUUCUUGCCGAGAAAUUCGUUGAAUUUAACAACAUGCAGGAGCAGGAUAUCCCGAUCGACAUUAAUGCUGGAAAAUUAUUGGAUUGGCUGAUUAAUCGGAGGCACUGCAAUAAGAAUUGGCACACGAACAUUUUGACCAUUAGGCAGAAAAUUAAUGAUGCAAUACAGAAUAUGCCUGCUCAUGAUGGCAUUGCCUCAUUGUUGUCUGGUGCCUAUAUAAAUUACUUUUAUUGCAUCAAAAUUGUGGAAAUCUUGAAGGAAACAGAAGCGGACACGAAAAAUUUAUUCGGGCGAUACGGUUCACAAAGGAUGAAGGAUUGGCAGGAGAUUUUACGAUUAUAUGAAAAAGAUAAUGUAUACCUUGCCGAAGCCGCGCAAAUUCUCAUAAGAAAUGUCAAUUACGAGGUCCCCAGUAUUAAAAAACAGAUACAGAAGUUAGAACAAUCGUUAACGGAAUUUGAAAAGAAAGAAGCGGAAUAUAAAAAGUCAGAAAAUAUUGCGCAUACAGAGUAUAAUGCGCUUUGCAAACAAUUAGGUAUAACUGGCUACAGUACAGUCAGACGUGAGUUAAUGGAUAAGGUGAAAGAGUUAUCGGAAAUUUAUCAGAAAGUAGCAGAAAAAACGAAGAGUUUGGACAAGGUAGUGGAGUUUUACAGCGCAUUUGUUGAAUUUACUUUCGGCCAGCAGUACGACAGUAAUUGCGUGUCGAUAAUUAAAUAUGUCAUUGAAAAGGGAAACACAACGAUGUUUGAAUAUACUUAUGGAGAAGUACCAGCGUCGAUAAUUGAACCACCAUUGAAUAUUAAAGCGGAUGAAGAUGAAAGUAAUGGAAGGUCUAGUUUGGAUACUAAUGUCAUUGAUUUUGGCAACUUGGAUCUGCAGAGAGAGAUUGACUUUGGUGAAGAAGUUGAUUUGGACACAGGGGACGAUAUUGAUUGGGGAGACGAAAAUGCGGAACAACCUACUGCAGCAGAAAUAUAUUGUAAUAUCUCUUUGGAGGAAUCGGGUAUAGUUGUGGAAGCAUCGGGUCAUGAAGGUGGUGUGGCUACGGGGUCUGAAGCCCACACGAUAUUAGACAAUCCAACAACGAGAUCCGAAUUUAUCAAUCAGCUGUUUGAACUGGAGGCAUUUAUGAAGUUACGUCUGUACGAAUUCAAAGGCGACGAUAGGAACAACCUUCUCAGCUUUAGUCAGAUGCAGGACGCUUCAUCUAUUCUGCAACUAUCUACCAUAGAGACCACUCAGAACAUGCUGGAUAAUAUUCAAGUUAUUCUCUCUGAAAUAUUGCAUAGCAAUGUCCACCAUUUACAUAACAUCAAACAUUAUCCGAGGUACGUGGACGUAGUGGCUGCUACUUUAAAGCAAAAAUUAAACCUGAUCGAUAGAAUGGUAACCCAGCAAGAAUCCAUGCGACAGAAGCAAGAUGACACGCAGAAUCAAAUCGAUAAAUUGCGUCCGCUAUUAAAACUCGUCGUACAAAGAACUAAAGAACUUCAAACAGAGAUAGAACAAGAUAUUUCCAAGAAGUACAAGAAUAGAAAGGUAUAUUUAACCGGAGGUGUAAAUAUGUUGUAGAUCAAACAACGGAAUAAAAAAAAAUUGUUGAAUUAUA